AGGAUAUUAUACUUAGGUCACGAAGUAUCCACGGAAGGGAUUAGGCCGGAAGAUGCGAAGGUGGCUAGUAUUCGAGAUUGGCCACGGCCUUCAGACUGUCACUAAGGUCAGAUCUUUCUUAACAAUGUGCGACUACUAUAGGAACUUCGUAAAGAACUAUUAUACAGUCGCCUCUCCUUUGACGGAUCUAACUCGACUUGACACGCCGUGGGACUGGAGUGAUGAGUGCGAGGGUGCUUUCAAGCGAUUGAAGCAUGCACUCAUGAAUCAUGAAGUUCUCAUGGUUCCCGAUCCUCAGAAGCCAUUUAUAGUGACCACUGACGCAAGUCAAUAUGGCAUUGGCGCAGUGCUGGCUCAACAGGAUGGGAAGAAGUUGAGACCGAUUGAGUACAUGAGACAGAGUGUUUCCAUGGAUUUCAUGGACACCCUGGUGACCAGUAAGAGUGGCAAGAGACACAUCUUCGUCAUCAUCGAUGGAUUCACCAAGUACGCUAGACUAGUAGCUAUGCCAGAGACCGCAAGGACUGACCACGCCAUCAAGUUGUUCAUGGACAACUGGGUGCGUGAUUUUGGACUUCCGAAGUCAAUCGUCAGUGACAGAGAUGUCCGAUUCACAAGUGAGCUGUGGAAGAAGACUGCUGAGCAGAUGGGCAGUCAACUUCAGAUGACUUCAGGGAAUCAUCCCGAAGCCAACGGACAGGCCGAGCAAAUGAAUAGAGUUGUACAACACUUGCUGAGGCAUUACAUCAAGCCCACGCAGGAUGAUUGGGAUGAGAAGUUGCCUCUCAUCGCCAGCCUGUACAACAACGCUGUACACAGCAGUACCGGCGUUAGUCCUAACCAGCUGCACUUGGGAUGGAAGCCUAGAUCUGCUCUAGACUUCCUCCUACCUGAAAACCGAUCCUCUGCAACUCCAGGCACACUUGAGUAUGGUGUGCAGUAUGAGAAGUUGCUGCAGCAAGCUGUCGAGCAUAUUAAGAAAGCUCAGCAAGCAAUGAUUGCUUCUGAGAACAAGCAUCGAUGACAGUCCUCAUUUCAGACCCUCCAAGUCAUCAAUGGCUGCCCUGGUCAGGGCAAUGGAAGCCUUCAGACUAGCCUCAUAAAUGAAGAUAAAUUGGGGCAAGACGA